GUGAGUUCACAUGCUGAUUGACUCCUGCCUCCCAAAAAAGCAACGGCAUCAUGGGCUGGGGCUUUGUAUCAGGUCUCUCUGAUCCUGCUCUUAAGACUCUUUCCAGCUGCCCACCACAGCACACGAGCACUCACUCUCGCUUACACCACUCGAAAGAUCCCAGACACCAGAUCCCAGAAAGAUCUGAUGCACCAAUACUGUGACAAAUCCAAGACUUUUAAGACUCUGAGAAGACGACCGAGAGGCCAUGAGUACAUUCGGCUACAGGCAGGAACUGAGUAAGUAUGAGGAUUUGGAUGAAGAUGAGCUGUUGGCCUCGCUGACUGCUGAGGAGCUCCAGGAGCUGGAGAAGGAGUUGGCUGAUAUUGACCCAGACGACAACCUUCCCAUUGGACUGCGACAGAGAGAUCAGACAGCUAAGACUCCCACUGGAACAUUCAGCAGGGAUGCUCUUAUGAAAUACUGGGAAAACGAGACUCGAAAACUGUUGGAGGAGGAGAGGAUCGGAUCCACAAGCCCUAGACAGAAAGAUGAAGACAGCAGGGAAGAGGAGGAAUGCAUGACUGAGAGCGACAAUGAAGAAUCUGGGGAUGAAAAAGACGAGGCUGAAAAACAUGAGAAAGACAUACAAAAAUAUCGGGAAGCUGAACAAGACCAAGAAGAGGAAAGUGAACCAGAGGAGCCGAUAACAGAAGAAGAGGAUGUGGAAGAAGAUGAGGAAGAAGAGGAGGAGGAAGAAGAAAAUGAAGAAGAGAACAGUCCUAAAAUAGCACCGACAUUGGAUUGUACCACUCACCCACAGCAGUGUUGGUCUUCCAAUGGUCAGUCCAAUCAGAGACAGGCAGAGCCUGUAAUACGAUACUCUCCACUGAUGAGUGAACCAAAAGUCCAAGUUCAGGAGCCCAGUCGCAUGUCAGGAAACCCUACUGUGGUGGACGAGGUUCUGGAAAAGAUCCUCACCAAUGACCCAGAUACCACCGAGGUCAACCUCAACAACAUUGAUAAUAUCUCCCAAGACACACUUAUCCAAUUUGCAGAAGCCUUACGUUCGAACCCACACGUACGUUUUUUUAGCCUUGCCAACACACAUGCAGAUGAGCAGGUGGCUUUUGCCAUUGCCAAGGUGCUGAGAGAAAACAGCAACAUCACAAAUCUUAACAUCGAGUCCAACUUCAUUACAGGGAAGGGUAUCCUGGCACUGGUGCAAGCCCUCACCCGAAACAGUACUCUUACGGAAAUGCGAUUUCACAAUCAGAGGCACAUUUGUGGAGGUCAAGUGGAAAUGGAGAUUGUAAAGUUACUGAGGGAGAAUACCACGCUGAUAAAGUUGGGUUACCAGUUCGACCUUCCUGGCCCUCGUAUAAGCAUGACGACCAUUCUUACCCGCAACCAAGACCUCCAGAGACAGAAGAGAAUGCAGGAGCUGCGCCACCAGCAAGGAGGUGCAGCGAUGCCAACAAAUCCAAGAACAGUCGCCCUUCAGAAGAGCACGACCACCUCUUCUCCUUACAGCUCCCCUCGGAGUUCACCAUGGUCAUCUCCAAAGUUACCACACAUUGAUAUGGCAAAGAAGAAUGCUCCCCCUGCUCCUCCACCACCACCACCACCUCCUCCUCCACCACCACCACCCCCAACAUCCAAAGCCGUGUUAUUUUGACACUGAAUUGACAUUUGACAUUUGAUGAGAUAAGAUUUUUUUAAUGCUUUUUCAUUAAAUAAU